AUGCAUGUGCCGCCGCCAAUCUCACAUCCGCCGGAUCUCUGCAUGGACGGUGCGGUUCCCGCAUGGUUGCGCCAGCCGCCGCAGACCGAACAACUGCUCACAUGUUUAGCAGAUGUGCUUUCCACGAUAACACGGAGAGAUGGGAAAUCAGCUACCGCACAGGAAAACACAGAUCCCACACCAUCUAUGAAGAGAGAAAGGGAAACGGAAGACACUGUGAAUGAUGAUUGUUUAACUCCUGAGAGUGAUACGAACACACAGAAGGCUUUUUUAAAUGACUUAUGUCUCUACUUAUUAUCUGAGAAACAAUAUGGAGAAGUGGGUGAUGCGAGUAAAGUUCCGCUACUACUUCCUUUUCUCCCUAAAGGAAGAAAUCAAAAGGCGAAGUCCAUUUUCUUAAAACUUGCACGUCGUCCAUACUGGCGUCGUAAGUUAUUGAUUCCAUUACUGCGUCAUUGGCGUGGUAAGGGUGAGAGUGGGUAUUCUUUUUUAUACACUCUUCUAUUGAACUGUAUAACAGAUGUUAUUGGAGAGGAGUUAUUGUCUCCAGAAUUUUUCUUAGAAAAAUCUAUUGCAGUAGAUACUAAACCUAAUACAGCUGAACAUGAAGUGUUAUCCUCUCAUAAAAAAGAAUAUUUUACACAAUUAAUGCAAGACUUGGAAGAAAUGGUAAAAGUGACAGGAUCAUUUCGUGGAAUGUGUGUUGGUAUUGAUAUCAUUUUACGUAAUAACAUAGUGUUACUAUUAAAACGAGUAAAUCAGCUCAUGAUAAGAGCUUCUUCUGAGGGUGAAAAUGUUUUUCUUCUUGAAGAAUCAAACAAUGAAAUAGAACAAAUAGUUAAUGUCAUGACUCAAUUAACAUGGCAAGACAUGUACACUUUUCUUUCUAAAUGUGUUACAGAUGUUAAAGGGAUAUUUGAUGAAACUAUGUGGACUUUUUUUAUGUCCUUGAUUUCUGCAUAUAUUGGAGCACUUUAUUUAUUAGAAAUGGAAAGUCUAAAAUCUUCUAAUAUUUCUUCUAAUACGAUUAAACAAAUUGAGGCACAACGUAUGUUUUUUGAAUCGCUACAGCGAGAAUUAUUAAAUUUUCUUACUGUACAACUUUCUACAGAUCGUUUAGCUGCAGGUGAAUCACUUAUAACAGUACAUAAUGUUUUAUUUCGUCAAACCUUUCACUGGAAAGCAAUAAUGGAAGCAGAACUAGCGAUGGAAUUACUACCAAAUAUUUUCUUAUCGGUUCCGUUAGUGAAGUCUUGGGCUCGACAUCAAGCGAUAACAGCAUGGGGACGUACUGUACGUCUUCUUCAAACAUUUUUGCAACUUCAAGAAGUUAGUGAAGAUGUACCGAAUACCAUAGCAGAUGCUGAUGCUGCUGAUUCUAUCUCUUCUGCUAUCCGUCAGUCACAACGUAAUUUGUUAGAAGAAUAUAUUGAAAAUAUAACAUGUGGAAACCUUCGGUAUUUUGUAUCUUCAGACCGGGAACGUGCGAAGGAGGAGAGGAAAAGAGAGGAUAAAAAAUGUGAGAAAUCUUGGUCUGUGUAUUUUUCUGAAUUUUUUAUUCAGAUAUAUCAUCCAAGUUGUUUUACUAUUCUCUCUCUUGAAAAGCAGGAUAUACUAGUUGAUUUAUUACGUCAACUGUAUUCUUUGAUAAUGAAUCAGGAUUUUAAUGAUGUAAAAACAUCAUUAAAAUCACUUUUAAUAUCAAAUUUUGAAGGAGGUGUGAUGGGAGAGGCAAAUUUACUGAGUUGGUAUGUACGAUGUGUUCAUGACCGAGUUGUACAAGCGUUAGGAGAGAAUUCACCUUUGCUUUUAUGCCUUUUGUGUUCUCUCUUUGUGUUGUUUGAACGAAUGGGGAAAACGAGUCUUAAUGUACAUGAGACUUUACGAGAAACACUUUUGCCAACACUAGCGAAAUUGUGCUGUGAUCGUUCUAACGAUAAGGGUAAAGAUAAUAAUAAUAAUCAUCAUCAUCAUGAUGAUCAUUAUGGUGAUAAUGAUCAUGAUGAUGAAAUGGAUACAGUUGAUGGAGAAGAUUUUUAUGAACGACAACAAUGUUUGAUGACACUUCUUGUAUCUGGUUUCCUUUCAUUACCAUGGGAUCUAAGAGGACUUCGUAUACGUCUUUUAUUGUAUAAAAGUAUUACUCAAUCUCUAUUAAAUUGUUUCUCUGCUGAAGAAGCUCUUACAAAAGUAGAGCAUCUUUUUAGUCUUUAUACUAAUGGACAACAAACUCCAGAAGAAGUGGUAACUGCUUAUUGUGAUGAUUUUAUACAUGAUCCAUUUUUAAAACUUCUUGCUACUGAAGGAGAUGUUACGGCAUCAAAAGAAGCAAUGGAUAAUGUUUUAUUGUGUGAUACUCCCUUAUGGUUUCCUACACCGUGUGGAACACUUAUUAUAUUAUCUAUUUUCCGUACAUUAUCACAUCGUUUGUUGUGGCUUCGUACAGAAUGGGAACAACAGAUACGAUUAGUUGGUGAAAGUGCUCAAGAUUAUAUGGGACGCCAAGCCACAUUUUGUACAUCAAGAGAUAUUGCUAUUUUUCGUAUUCUUGUACAACUUGCACAUCGAAUGGUGUUUGGUUUCCAAUUACAACCUGUUGGAUUGCUACGCUUAUGGAUAUCAUACUUGGUUCAUCUUUUUACCUACAUUGUCCCACCCUUGACAGAGGAUGAUGAGAUUGAAUUAGUUAUUUCAGGUUCAGAAACAGAGAAAAGUGGAAAUGGAAAACAAUUACGACAACGUAGGUUUCGACGUUCUCCGACAGAGUCAUCUCAAGGAGAUUUACGGGCUAGUCUUGGUGAACAACUUGCUGAUCUUGCACUUAUGCCACUUGUGGAUAGUGCGAUUGCGGUUCAAUCUUUUUCAGCCGUACCCUAUCGUCCUGGAAGUGCCAAAUGGCUGCAGCAACAGAGUCAACAUUCACAAGAUAUUCUUGUACUGCAGCGUGUGCUGCCUAAUCUGGUGAUGGAGGAGUUAUGCUUUGCUCUAAAGAUCUCACCUGAGAAUAUAAAAGGACAAGAAUCAUCUUCAAAGAUUGGGCGCCAUAAUGGAAAGAUGGUGGAACACUCAUUUUUGGGGGUUAUUGGUGUUGCUGCAUUUUGUCAGCGUUUGGAACUCUUUAUGGUUCCAGGAAGUAUAUCUGAUAGACACACUGAACUUCUUUUGCAGACUCUCUGGUCUGCUGUUGAGUCAAGCAGUACAACCAGAAUGACUUGA